AUGUCCAUCACCACGUCCUCCACCCCGCCCGCGAUCCUCGACAUGCCGGCUCCCGACGUCGCCAGCAAUGGCGCGCGCGCGGCGAGACGGAGGAGGCUGCUGUUGUGCGCCAACUACGUUGCCCUGCUCGGCGGCUCCGUGGCGUCCAGCCUGCUGUCCCGCUACUACUUCGCGCACGGCGGCCGCGAUCGGUGGGUGGCAACGCUGGUGCAGUCGGUCGGGUUCCCGGUGCUGCUCGUGCCCGUCUACGCCGGCCGGCCCGCCGGGCAGCCCCGGCCGUUCGCGUGGUUCACGAGGCGGUUGCUCAUGGCGUGCGUAGUCAUCGGGGUGCUCAUGGGGGUGAACAACCUGCUCUUCUCCUACAGCUCGUCCUACCUGCCCGUGUCCACCUCGUCGCUGCUGCUGUCGACGCAGCUCGCGUUCACGCUCGUGCUCGCCGCCGUCAUCGUGCGCCACCCCGUAACCUUCUCCAACCUCAAUGCCGUCGUGCUCCUCACCCUCAGCUCCGUGCUGCUGGCGCUGCGAUCGUCCGACUCGGCUGAGCAGCCCGACGGGGGGAGCCGGACGAGGUACUUCAUCGGCUUCGCGGUGACCCUGGGCGCGGCGGGGCUCUUCGCGGCCUACCUGCCUGUCAUGGAGCUGCUGUACCGCAGGGCCGUGUCCGGCGGGUUCCGGAUGGUGGUGGAGGUGCAGGUGGUCAUGCAGGCCGCGGCGACCGCGCUGGCGGUGGUCGGACUGGUCGUGGCCGGCAGGUGGGGCGAGGAGCUGGCGCGGUGGGACAAGUCGCCGGCGGCGUACUGGGUGCUGGUGGCCGCGCUGGUGGCGGCGUGGCAGGCCUGCUUCAUGGGCACGGCCGGGAUGGUGUACCUCACGUCGUCGCUGCACAGCGGCGUGUGCAUGACCGCGGUGCUCACCGCCAACGUGAUCGGCGGCGUGGUCGUGUUCCGCGAUCCGUUCGGCGCGGAGAAGGGCAUCGCCACCGUCCUCUGCAUCUGGGGAUUCUCCUCCUACCUGUACGGGGAGUACAGCACGCGGCAGAAGCAGCAGGAAGGCGACGGUAAGGUGGCCGCCGCGUCCACCGGAGGCGACUCGGACAAGAGUGUUACAAGUGGCGACGUUGGUGAGGGAGGGGGUGCAGUUGAAACCGUUUGA